AUGAAUGAGAACAACACGGAGCAGAAAUCUGUCUUUGAAUCUCAACUUCAACAUUUGAACACAAUAACUGAAGAAAAAACAAGAAAAUUUAACCUUUUAACAAAUGAGGCCAAGAAAAGAGAUGAGCUUGAUAGGCAGGCAAACCAAUCACAGAUGAUUGGACAAAAUGAAGAAAUAGAAAAAGAAAUACAAGAAGAAGAGAAACAAUAUUUUUACUUUGAUGAGGAACAAAAAGAAGAGCCAAUUAAAGAAAAAUCACAAGUAAUAUACGAGGAAAAUGAAGCGCAAAAUCAGGAUUUAUAUAGUGAAAUUGAAUUUGAAUAUUUGGAAAGUAUCGAUCGAUUUCGCGCACAGUUUAACAACCCAGAAAUCAUCUCAAUAAAUAUUUCCCCACAACUUUGCUAUGUUCUAGGAUUUCCCUUGCAGCCUAUAAAGAAUGAGCAAAUUGGAAAAUACGGGAUUGACCUAAAAGGAGGUUUUACAAGUUUUGCAGUGUACUCGAAAGGAUUGACCAGCAGUGUAAUAAUGGGAAAUGCAAUUAGUUCCUUAUUAAGGAUUGUCUCUGUUGAAAAUAAAUCGGGAGGCGUCAUAGAGAGAGUCUACGAUCACCCAAUGUUUAUCCCUGUCCAGCCAAGAGAAAUUAAUGAAAUAGAAAUCGAAUUGCGAUGGUUGAACGGAAGCCUAGUAAAAUUUGAUCAUGGAACAGUUAUUGUGACAUUAAUGUUUAAUAAAGUUUUAAGAUUUUAA